AUGCUUACUGAGCGACCAUCGGAUAAAUCAACCGCUAAUACUUCCUUACUACACUUCAAACUAAAAGAACAAUUAAAAGAAGCCCAAGAAAGGCAAAAAGUCCAGGAUGACAUCGCCAAAAUGACUCAGGAAAAGUUAAAAGGUUAUAAUGCGGCCAAAGGAGGGCAAGUUCUCUCUCCUCAUAAUAUCAAGCAUUUAGGUUUGCGUAAUCAUCCCUCUUUAAAAUGUGAAGAUUGCAAAAGACCGACUCUAAUUUUUAAAGAUGAGGCUAAUGAGCAUUUAUUACGGAUUUUAAAUGAUAUUACCGCUUUUAAGCAAGGGGAAGAAUUAGCUGCUGAUGGGGAAAAUGAUCCUUACUCUUCUCAACUCAAAAGAAACAAUGCC